AUUCGCCAACAGCCAUGGCCGGAUCACAGUUGACCCAACUCAAGGAUUCACUCUCCCACAUAGGUCUUAACGACUUCUCGCGAAAUAACAAGAAGAAGAAGACCUCGUCACGCGCUGCCGAGCGCGAUAAGGUCAAGAAAGCAGCAAAACUUCGGGACAUUCAGCAAAAGUUGAACCCGUUCGACGUCAAGGUUACCAAGUUAAAGCAUCAUGUUGGUGGUCGAAAGAUUAAGGGUACCAUGGGAAGACCAGCACAAAGCAAGCAGGCUGGCAUACAGCAACGAGAGAAAACGCUCCUGAAGGAGUUGGAAGAAAGAGGACGUGUCGGAGGAGUAGUUGAUAAGCGAUUUGGUGAAAAUGACCCGAGCAUGUCACUUGAGGAACGCAUGCUGGAACGAUUCACGAGGGAGAGACAGCGGACGUCUAAGGCGGACGUGUUUAACCUCGAAGACGAACAAGAACUAACACACUAUGGCCAGAGUUUAUCGAAAAUCGAUGACUUCGACGAUUUCGGCAUUCCUAUGGAUGAAGACGACGACGAAGAUCAACUUGACCGUGAAACUGUUCAUAAAGCUCAUUUUGGAGGCUUCGAUGAGGAUCACGGUGCCGAAAAUGUGGAGCCCAACAGCAAAAAAUCGAAAAAGGAGGUCAUGGCCGAAGUCAUUGCUAAAAGCAAAGAGCACAAGUUACGACGGCAAAUGGAGAAAGAAAAGGAUGAAAACAUUCGACAUCAACUGGAUCAGGAUUUUGAUUCCCUCAAAUCCUUACUUUAUGCAUCUAAUCCAUCGCCUCCAGAGGGUGCACCAAGUGGUACUCUGGACACCUCGGCAGCUGAGGAAAAAGAUGAUUCCUUAGAUUAUGACAAACAAGUUCGGGAACUAGCCUUCGACAAGCGCGCCAAACCGAAGGAUAGGACAAAGACGGACGAAGAACUGGCAUUGGAACAGAAGGAGGCACUUGAGAAAGCUGAGCGUCGAAGACAGAGGCGAAUGCUCGGUGAAGAUUCUGACGAGAGCGAUGUCGAUGUGGGAGACAUUCGAAAGCGGAAACGUGCUCCAGUUGGAGAUGACUUAGAGGACGAUUUUGUGGAGGGUGAUUCAGGUGUUGUGGGGGCAGGCUUGGGUGAGGAAGGCUUAGCACCUUCUAGUAGUGAGGCGGAAGAUGAAGAAGCAGACAGUGACGCGACGGAAGACAUGGGCGAAGAUGAUAGCGAAGAUGACGAAGAUGACAACUCGGUUUCGGCGGAGAGUACGAAUGAGGAGCUCGGGUCAGAACAAGAAGACUUCACAGAAACUAUGACUGCACAGCAAGCCUUGCGUCCGCAGAAAACUUCAAGGGCUCCGAAGGAGCUUCCGUACACUUUCCCUGCUCCAGAAUCACAUGAAGAGUUCCUUGAAAUCAUCGAGGAUGUUCAAGAUGAGGAUGCUCCCGUAGUUGUUGAGCGGAUGCGAGUGAUCUACCACCCCAGUUUCGCUCCAGAUAACAAGCCGAAGCUGCAGACCCUUGCUCGUGUCCUCGUGGAUCAUAUCCUAUACGUUACGUCUCCUCCGAAACCCCGUAUUAAGCUUGUAUCGUCCUUGAUUCCUCACUUGUUCUCCCUCAGCCGAUCGUACCCCUCCGAAGUUGCCGAGUGUUUCGUAGGGAAGUUAUCUCUGAUGUACAAGAACCUUAGGCGGGGUUUGGCAUCCGGAGCUCUUGAAGCAAACUCCAGAACUUGGCCAGGCUUUUCUGAGCUCACGUUCCUACGAGUUACUGGCAUUAUCUGGCCAACCAGUGAUAUGAAACAUAUCGUAGUGUCACCCGCGCGGUUGUUGAUGGGUGCCUACCUCAGUCUGUGUCGUGUGCGAUCUUUCGCAGACGUUGCUAGUGGGCUUUUCUUGUCUUCACUGUUCCUCCAGUAUGAAGCACUCUCAAAGCGGCUGGUGCCCGAGGCGGUGAAUUUCGCUGUGAACGCCGUCUUAUUCCUUGCACCGAACUCCUACACUUCCUCCGACGCUCUGCCUGGUACCUUCCCUUCCCCCGACUUUCGCUCGGACCUUUGUGCGCCGUUAAAGAUCAAUCCCAAGGUUGCCAAAAAUCUUGUUUUCUGCAAACCGGAUUUGUGGCAACUGUUGUCAGGUGAUGCCACCGAACAAUCCAAACUCGACGCGCUUGGAUUGGCUAUCGACCUUCUUGACCGGUUUGCGGAAUUGUACAAACCCCUUGAUGGAUUCAUCGAACUCUAUGAUCCCAUUUGCUCGAUCAUAUCGAACUUGGAGUGCGGACGACUCUCCGAGGACGUUCAGUCUUCUUUAGCGUCAGUACGAGAUAAAAUUGGGCGUCUGCUCAAGUUUGCACGGCAGUCUCGCAGGCCGCUCCACCUUCAAGCACAUAAACCUAUACCCAUCCCGACUUAUGUCCCUAAGUUUGAGCAGAACUCUUCGUCAUACCUCCGCCGACAGGACCCAGAUCGCGAGCGGAACGAGGCCUCAAAACUGCGAUACCAGCUUAAGCAGGAGAAUAAAGGUGCUAUUCGGGAGCUGCGCAAGGACGCAAGAUUCAUCGCGGCGGUCGAGCACAAAAAGCAGAUGGAAAAGGAUCGAGCUUACAAUGAGCGUAUGAAGAAGGCAUUCGGUUCUUUGGAAGGGGAGAGGGCAGAGCAGAAGGCUAUGGAGCGCCAAAAAAUGAAAGAGAAACGACGCGCUGGACACAAGUAGAUUAUGUUUGUAUGAAGUACUGUCCGUACCUGUCUGGAUAUCGGUCACGUGGGCAAAUCAUGAGGGAAUGCUUUGAUCUUGUCG